AUGGACCGUGUGAGGUUUAUUACUAUCAGUAGAUGGUGGAGAGGGCCCUGGGGACUGAAGAAGAGUGUUGAAGCAGUGGCAGUUGGAGUUGUUUUAGUUGGUGCUCUUUCAAUCUUCUUGGGCCUUGGAACACAAGAUAAAUCAAGUAGUGCUUGUCAAUUUCCAGCAAUCUACAACUUUGGUGAUUCAAAUUCCGACACGGGUGGUUUGUCAGCUACAUUUUUUCGGCUUCCUACGCCCUAUGGCAAUACCUUCUUUGGUAAACCUGUAGGCAGGUUCUCAGAUGGGCGUCUCAUCAUCGAUUUUAUAGCUCAUAAGUUGGGUCUCCCAUUUCUUAGUGCUUAUCUGGAUUCUCUCGGAUCAAAUUUCCAUCAUGGAGCAAGUUUCGCAACUGGAGGAUCUACAAUUCAGCCCUUAGAUGGCAGGAUGUUUGAAGCAAGAUAUAGCCCCAUCUCUCUUAACCUACAGCUUUCACAAUUUGCGCAGUUCAAAGCACGUGUAAAUGAGGUUUUCACUGAAGAUAAAAGGACCAGCCUCCCAAGACCAAGUGAUUUCUCCAAGGCCUUGUACACAUUAGACAUUGGACAAAACGAUCUUCAUGCUGGAUUAAGGUUGAAGACUAUGGACGAAGUGCUGGCAUCGAUUUCCAUUAUCACUGGGCAGUUAGCUUUGACAAUAGAGCAACUAUACCAAGAAGGAGCAAGAGUUUUUUGGAUUCACAACACAGGUCCCCUUGGCUGCUUGCCUUCAACCCUUGCAUAUAAACUGCCAAAACCUGGCGACCUAGACCAAAACGGUUGCUGGAAGCCUCACAAUGAGGUGGCUGAAGAAUUUAACAGACAGCUCAAGGAUAGGGUGUUUAAACUAAGGGCCCAACUUUCAGAGGCAGUUCUUACUUAUGUCGAUCUCUAUACCGCAAGGUACACACUCAUCAGCGAAGCAGAGAAGCAUGGUUUUACUAGUCCUCUAGCUCAAUGCUGUGGAAGUUAUGGUGAUUCCGUCGUCCAUUGUGGGAUAAAAACUGUUGUUAAUGGCACUGAAGUUGAGGCCCUUUGUAGCAAUCCUUCAAAGUACAUCAGUUGGGAUGGGGUGCACUAUUCUGAUGCUGCAAACCAAUGGCUAGCCGACCGACUUAUGGCCGGCGCAUUUUCAGACCCUUCAGUUUCAAUCACUGAAGCAUGCCACAAGUCUCCGCACUUUUGA